CAAGUGUCUUAUGCUAACUUUCCCAAGACUUAAGUUGACUUCUUUUCCUUUAAAAUACUAUCAAGCUUAGAUAAACUUCACUACACCAAUCCUUGUAGUUUCUGCCUCACUCACACUUUAUCAACUCUAUCAACAUCAAUGAAUAAAAUAGUGCUGCAAGUGGAAAUACAUGAUGACAAGACAAAGAAAAAAGCCAUGAAGGCGAUCUCUAAUAUUUCAGGAGUUGAGUCAGUGUCUUUAGAUAUGAAGGACCAGAAAUUAACCUUAACUGGAGACAUAGAUCCUGUGCAAGUAGUGACAAAGUUGAGGAAGCUGUGUCUUCCUAAAAUAUUGUCUGUUGGACCAGCCAAGGAGCCUAAGAAAGAAGAGAAAAAGAAGGUUACAGAGGAGAAAAAGGAUCAAAGUAAGAACUCAGCAGCACAUGGGGUUGUGAAGGUUUGUGAAGCCUAUCAUUAUCCUAUGAUGAUGGCACAACCACAAUACUAUUACACUAGUGUGGAAGAGAAUCCUAAUGCAUGUGUUAUCUGUUAAGUUUCAGAAUAAUUGAGGAAAAAGUACAUUGUUUUUAGUUCUGUUUUUUUUCUCCUUGUUCUUCUUUUCUUAAUGGUUAUUAAUUUCCUGGCGAUUUAGUUGUUUCUAAGAA